AUGUCGCUGUGCAAAAGCUACGGCAAGGAUAAGGUAAUCUUUGCCACCGCUGAGGACCAUGCAACGCCGAGCAAGGUGGAGCUACCGGAAUCGGAACCGCGACCGGGACUGAUACUGGAAAAUGGAGACAUCAACUGGAACUGUCCAUGCCUCGGUGGCAUGGCGAUCGGUCCGUGCGGUAACGAGUUCCGGGAAGCAUUCUCCUGCUUCCACUACAGCCAAGCACAGCCGAAGGGUUCGGAUUGCUACGAAGCGUUCAGCACAAUGAACGAAUGCAUGCGGAACUAUCCUGGUGUGUACAAACAAAACCUCAACGAGGACGAGGAUGAGGAGAGUGGUGCCGGUGUGGCGAGCAUGAUAGCAGACGAAGGAGAGGAGGAGGAUGAUGUCGAUGCGUCUCCUCCGGCAAAGGCGGAAAGCGAAUCAAAAACCGUAGCGACAAAAGCAAACUAAGUUGUAUAAGCGAAGAAACAAUAAUAUACGCCAGAGAGUAGUGUUACAGCUGUGA